GCACUAGAAGUUUCAUUCAUUUUCUCUCUCUCUCUCUCUCUGUUCCUUUUUCUCUCCUGAUGGAGAAACUAGAACCCUCUUCCAGAAUCUAUAUAUAGGUUGCCCACAAAGCUUGAUUUCAUCGCGAAAUUAAUCACAGCUCAAAGGCUCUAUCUGUAUCUGGUUUUUCCUCCUCAAGAUCUCCUUCGCUCCAAAUUUUCCAGACAUGUCGCUCGUUCCCAGCCUCUUUGGUGGCCGUCGAACCAACGUGUUUGAUCCAUUUUCUCUAGAGUUAUGGGAUCCCUUCGAUGGACUCCUCCCCUCCGCCAUUGCCAAUGUCCCUUCCUCAGCACGCGAAACCGCUGCGUUGGCCAACUUAAGAAUCGAUUGGAAGGAAACCCCAGAGGCCCAUGUCUUCCAUGCGGACCUUCCCGGCCUCAAGAAGGAGGAAGUGAAAGUCGAGGUUGAAGAUGGAAGAAUUCUGCAGAUUAGCGGAGAGAGGAACAAAGAGCAAGAGGAGAAGAACGAUAAGUGGCACCGCAUCGAGAGGAGCAGUGGCAAGUUCCUCCGCCGGUUCAGGCUGCCGGAAAAUGCGAAGAUGGAUCAGGUCAAGGCUAGCAUGGAGAAUGGGGUACUUACUGUUACUGUUCCUAAAGAAGAGGAGAAGAAGACUGAGAUCAAACCCAUUGAGAUCUCCGGUUGAUGAGCAACAUAUAUAUAUGUCCUCCAAACCUUGAAGCUUUAGUUUGGAGUCAGACCUAUAUAUAUAUCGAAUAAGUUGAGUAUUUGUGUAUUCUGUGUGUUUUGUUUCUAAAAGGCCGUGAAAAUGUAAGACUUUCGUUGGUUGCAUGCGUGUAAAAUAAUUUGAGUGUCAUCUAAGACUUGCUCAUACCUUUAAAAUAUUUAAGAAUUAAUAUUCAUACUUUCAC